CCAAACCCUGCUGAAACAGCCCCAAAUCCUGCUGCCUGCAGGGCCCCAGCUGCCCCAGGCUGUGGGGAAGGGAAGGUUGGAAAGCUCUGAGCCCAGGUCCUGCUGCCUGUCUGUGUCCCCCCAGGCCCUGGAGACGCCCCAGCAGGAGGAUGAGCCUUUGUGCAUGCUGGAUUCCUGCUGCCGCCUCACUUCUCACCUCGAUACUCUACCCUCUCCUCUUGCUGGCCUUUUACACCAUGCUCAGCAGGAAAAUUGCCCAGCAUUCCUGCAGGAUGCAGGUGAGCAGCAGCCCUGGGGAGCACCCCAGCCCUCAGCCCACCCCAGCUGCAGCCUCAGCACCUGGAGGGGACACAGCACAGCAACAACCUGGGCCACAAAAACAGCCUGGAGCACAAAAACCAGCCCCAGCCUAUGCAGGGAGCAGUGACACAUCUUCAGACACCUCAGAGGACUCAGACAACGACAACCCUUCCUGCCCUCAGGGCCGUGGCUCAGAGGCAAACAUCAAUUACACAUCCCUGGUGUUCCCAGGGAAAGGCCCCGAGCCAGGCUCUGCCCUGGACUACGAGAAUGUCAAGUCUGGCAUGGAUUAUGUCAACGUGGACCCAAAGAAGAGGAAAACACAUUUCUGGCCCUUCUCCAGCCCCAGGGCAUCCAAGGCUGUGGAGUACACCGAGGUGAAGCUGUGA